CAUAACACACAGGGAGGCAAACAAGACUUCUACCUUUAAAAAAAAGCUGAUCUAAUCACCGCGGAGGCUGGAAAAAAAGGCGCCACUAAAUGCCGCAGGGUGUCAUUGAUGUUCGCCAUGGACUGUAGACUAUCGUGGCGGGAUAAAAGAAGAUGGGCCCCGUGUCCCCGUUACUGAGGAGAUGUCACUGGGUCGGCUCCUGCGGCGUGCCUCCUCCAAGGCGUCCGACCUCCUGACCUUUAACCCUGGCGCGGCGGGAGCAUCGCUGCGUGCAGGCCUGGACGGCGAGAUUAUUUUCUCCAAAAAUAACGUGUGCGUGCACCCUGCCGAGCCGCUGCCGGGCCUGGCGGAGCACCACCCAGGCUACCUGUGUGUGCACGUGGAGAAGGACGAGAGCCUGGGCAGCACCCUCAUUCUGACCUGGGUGCCCAACUCCCGAAUCCAAAGGCAGGAUGAAGAGGCGCUACGCUACAUCACGCCCGAGAGCUCGCCUGUACGCCGCAACGGGCGCCGCAGAGGCAGACGACCCCACUCCCGCCCCCCGGCUGCACAGGUGGAAGAAGGGGACGAGGAGAGGAACGUCACUCUGACCUCCUCCGUGGAGAGCCAAGGUCCGGUGGCGGACCCCCUAGCAGACCUUCCCUCCGUGCAGCUCAAGCAGCAUCCCCCUUCCGCAGAGGAGGGCGACGAGGGCUCCUGCGAGCUGUCGGACGAAGUGAGCCGGGACAGCACCAUGGGGUCCGACUCGGAUACCUUCUCCUCGCCGUUCUGCUUGUCCCCCGUCAGCGAGGCGCUCUGUGAGAGCAGCAGCUCUGUCUUCUUGGACAAUGACAGCAGGGAGCUGUGCGACGAGGCCAUGCGUCACUCGGUGAGCUCCGCCUCCAGCCUCGAGAGCCACGCCCCCUCCGAGAGCAACGGCGGCCAGUCGCAAUACGUGCGCGGGUGGGAGGAGCAGCAGAAGGUGCUGGCCCUGGAGCAGCUGUGCGGCGUGUUCAGGGUGGACCUGGGCCACAUGAGGUCACUGCGUCUGUUCUUCAGUGACGAGGCAUGCACCAGUGGCCAGCUGGUGAUAGCCAGCAGAGAGAGCCAGUACAAGAUCCUCCACUUCCACCACGCUGGCCUGGACAAGCUGGCUGAGGUUUUCCAGCAAUGGAAGUGCUGCAGGGAGACUCAGCUCAAAGACCAGGUGUCGGACGAGAAGUCCUGCAUGCAGUUUUCCAUCCAGAGGGCCAUGCUGCCGUCGGCCGACAGCCACCCGGAGGAGAAGCUCUACCGGAGGCUGGACGUCACCACCUGGCUGCGGCACCUCAACUCCAGCGGCCAGGUGGAGGAGGAGUACAAGCUGCGCAAGGCCAUCUUCUUCGGCGGCAUCGACCCGUCCAUCCGCGGCGAGGUGUGGCCCUUCCUGUUGCACUACUACAGCUACGACUCCAGCUCCCAGGAGAGGGAGGCGUGGCGGCUGCAAAAGCGGACCCUCUACCAUGACAUCCAGCAGAAAAGGUUGUCCAUGAGCCCUGAAGAGCACAGCGACUUCUGGAGGAAGGUCCAGUUCACGGUGGACAAGGAUGUGGUGAGAACCGACCGCAGCAACCAGUUCUUCAGGGGGGAGAACAACCCCAACGUGGAGAUCAUGAGGCGCAUCCUGCUCAACUACGCCGUGUCCAACCCCGACUUGGGUUACUGCCAAGGCAUGUCGGACCUGGUGGCCCCGCUCCUCACCGAGAUCCAGGACGAAAGCGACACUUUCUGGUGCUUUGUGGGCCUCAUGGAGAACACCAUCUUCAUCAGCUCGCCGCGCGACGAGGACAUGGAGAGGCAGUUGAUGUACCUGCGGGAGCUGCUGCGCCUCAUGCUGCCUGACUUCCACCAGCACCUGACCACGCUGGGCGAGGACGGCCUCCAGUUGCUCUUCUGCCACCGCUGGAUCCUCCUCUGCUUCAAGAGGGAAUUCCCAGACACGGAGGCCCUGCGCAUGUGGGAGGCCUGCUGGGCGCACUACCAGACAGAUUACUUCCACCUCUUCCUGUGCAUCGCCAUCAUUGUUCUGUACGGCGAGGAUGUGACAGAUCAGCAGCUGGCGACCGACCAAAUGCUGCUGCACUUCAGCAACUUGUCUAUGCACAUGAACGGAGAGCUGGUGCUGCGCAAGGCGCGCAGCCUCCUCUACCAGUUCCGCCUUCUACCCAGAAUCCCCUGCAGCCUCCACGACCUGUGCAAACUGUGCGGGCCGGGGAUGUGGGACAGUCGCUACAUCCCCGCCGUGGAGUGCUCAGGACAACACCCGGACUCUCAGAGCUGCCCUUACGGGGGCACGUCCACGCCGCGGCCCCCCUCGCCUUCUCCGUCAUGCAUGCCCUCGCCAAACCACGCCCCCAAACCCCCCCGAGGCUCGAAGAGUCAGGAUAUUUUCACCUUCAGGAAACAGUCCUGAGAGAGAGUUCACGGGGAGGCUGCGUUGCUGGAAUGUUUGCGGCCUCAAUAAGGACAUCUGUCACAUCAGACCCAAGGUCAACCAAUCUCCUUUCCUUUUCAAGUCCAGCGGACAAUCGGCAGCCAUUAUGCCGGCCGGAGGCGACCCCAGGCUGUGCUUCGCCGCCGGCUUGGCACUCUUCCACCGACUGUGGGGUGGUGCAUCAGGGUCUGAGUACUGAAUUCUUGCGGUCUGACCACAGAAGAGGUCAAACUGUGAAUGAAUCCACUUUGUCCUCAUUAUUCUGUGCAUUUAUCUUCACUGAGAGAGAUAUUUUUAUCCAACUUCCAGGUCGACGGACGGCUUUUGUUUCACAUCCAUUGUUUUUUCUCGCCGAUACCAAUAUUUAGCAAUAUUAUAAGCCUGCAUGUAGAGAACACAUCUUGGACGGCAAACACAAAUCACUAUAGCACCAUCCAUCAAGUUAUCUAGUCCAGUGUUUUUCAACUAGUGUGCCGUGAGAUACAGUCUGGUGUGCCGUGGGGAGAUGAUCUAAUUUCACCUACCGUAAUUUCCGGACUAUAAGCCGCUACUUUUUCCCCUCGUUCUGGUCCCUGCGGCUUAUACAAGGGUGCGGCUUAUUUACGGCCUGUUCUUCUCCGACACCGACGAAGAGGAUUUCGGUGGUUUUAGUACGCAGGAGGAAGACGAUGACACAAUGAUUAAAGACUGACUUUUCAUAUACCGGUAGGCUGGUUAUUUUGAUAACGUACAGGCGAGCACUUUGUAUUACUUUGCACCGUUGUAUUAUUUGUACUCUGCACGAAUGCUGUUCGCCAUGUCAAAGAUGUGAAAGUUUGAUUGAAUGAUUGAAAGAUUUAUAGUUAAUAAAUGGGACGCUUUGCGUUCCCAAACAGUCAUCUCUGUCCCGACAAUCCCCUCCGUGGUAGCAGGAACCCCUAUAUACUACGCUAAUUACACAUCAAAACCCUGCGGCUUAUAUAUGGAGCAAUCUGUAUUUUCCCCUAAAUUUAGCUGGUGCGGCUUAUAGUCAGGUGCGGCUUAUAGUCCGGAAAUUACGGUAUUUGGGUUAAAAAUAUUUUUUGCAAACCAGUAAUUAUAGUCUGCAAAUGAUGUGUUGUUGUUGAGUUUCUGUUCUGUCUGGAGAUCGGCAGACUUACCACGUUAUACUCUUCCAUAUCAGUAGGUGCUUUGUAGAUGUUGGAAACAGCGGGAGGCAGAGUGCAGGUAAAAAGGUGUCUAAUGCUUUUUCGUGCCCCUAAGAAAAAGCAUUGAAGCUUAGGGAAGGCUAUGCAGAACGAAACUAAAACUGAACUGGCUACAAAGUAAACAAAAACAGAAUGCUGGACGACAGCAAAGACUUACUGUGGAGCAAAGACGGCGUCCACAAUGUACAUCCGAACAUGACAUGACAAUCAACAAUGUCCCCACAAAGAAGGAUAAAAACAACUGAAAUAUUCUUGAUUGCUAAAACAAAGCAGAUGCGGGAAAUAACGCUCAAAGGAAGACAUGAAACUGCUACAGGAAAAUACCACCAAAAUAGGAGCGCAAGACAAGAAGUAAAACACUACACACAGGAAAACAGCAAAAAAGUCCAAAUAAGUCAGGGUGUGAUGUGACAGUACACCUACUUUGAGACAAGAGCUAUAUUGAUGCAUGGUUGGUUAUGGUUUGAAGUCAUAUCCAAAAACUACGGUGACGACUUUUUACUGUCAACUGAGUUUAGUUUUUUUAGUGAUUCCUGCUGCUGGUGUGCCUCCGCAUUUUUUCAACGCAAAAAAUGUGCCUUGGCUCAAAAAAGGUUGAAAAAAAAACGGAUCUAGUCACAUGAUGCUGUUAAGCCAUGUUGCACCACACUUUGGAGCUAUAAACAUGGCAAACACCACCCAAUUGUACAUGAACCAAAGAAGGAAAAAAAUCAGUUCAAUCCAUCCACCCAAAAAUAUAAAGACCAAACACAGAAUACCGUAUUUUUAGGACUAUAAGUCACAGUUUUUUUCAUAGUUUGGGUGCGACUUAUACUCAGGAGCGACUUAUGUGUGAAAUUAUUAACACAUUAGCGUAAAAUAUCAAAUAAUGUUAUUUAUAGAGAUGUCCGAUAAUAUCGGUCUGCCGAUAUUAUCGGCCGAUAAAUGCGUUAAAAUGUAAUAUCGGAAAUUACCGGUAUCGGUUUUUUUUAUUAUCAGUA